AUGGGGGCGAGGAUGAGUACUACAUUGAGGUGCGUGAGACAGGAAACCGCCAGCAGGAGAGUACGCUUAUGGACAAUGUCCAACAUUGCCAUGCCUGGCAGGAAGAUGGUGGGCCAUCUCUGGGGCCUGUUGAUGCUAAGGGGGGCUGAACUGAUGCAAACGCGUGCUAGGGCGAUGUCUGGUGCUGCAGUUGCUGCCACCAGUGAGGCUGCUCGGGCAAAGGAAGUCUUCGCCAAACAUGUUGAAUCAGUGCUGGCAAAGGCUGCCAAGAUCAGGGCUGUGGUGCAGCUCAAUGCGGAUCUGAACGUCCUGGAUGGUGAGUACAACAAGCUAUCGGAGCAUGUGGCACAGGGUGAAAGGGAUGACCACAACCAAGCGUAG